UGUAUUUUUCAUUCAUUUUUAUUAUUUUAUUAUUUUGAGAUUGGUGAUAUUGGUGUGGUUUUGUGGUGUUGAUUGAUUGCGCUGUUCACAGUGGAAAUUAAAUAUUUUUUUACAAUCUAGGUAGUAUUUCCUGUCUUAUAAGUGUGGUUCUUUCUGAUCAUGGUCUGAUCUGAAAAGUUCGGCAGUACUGGAAAAGUGAUUAUAUCCUCUUGAGUGAUGGCAACAGAUGUGUUGAACGUAGCCCGGCGAAAGCUGAACCAAGCACUUGGUGAAAAGUCAACUAAAUAUUUCAACCACAUGAAGCAAUGGUUCCGAAUGAGAUUAACUAAAGAAGAAUUUGACUCUGAAGCCCGUGCUUUGCUGAGUGCGGAUCAAGUGCAUCAUCAUAACGAGUUUUUGUUGGCCUUGUUGAAUAAAGUUGAAGGUUUAGCGGAGACGUCAGCGACAAUAGCACAGGAGAAGGCAAUAUCGCACAACCGGCACUCUAGACGACACAAGAGAAGUUCCCGCACGUCUGAAAAGUCUAAUUUCGAACCGGCUGACCUUUUGGAAUAUUUACCACCAAACUCACCCCCAGGGGCUGGGAGUGAUGGAGUAAAAUAUGCUGUACAAGAGAUCUUUCUGCCAGAUCAUGCCCUUGUAGUGGGUAGGUUCAUGUUGGCCGCCUGGGAACUUGGACUUGAGGGAGCUGAUGAUGAUGCUGCCAACAUCAUCGUGGUUGCUGUGCAGAACUUCCUCAAAAAUGUCAUCAGCGCUGUUAUAUCACAACGUAAAGGCUACAAGAUCCGUAAUAAUCACUUGAUGUACGAUAUUGGUGGCGACAUCCCUAAUAUGUGGUUGCGUAAUUCAAGUAAGGUGUACGACCCACAAGGAGAAGGUCGGGUGAGUGUGGACGAUGGGGUAGACGCCUUGGGACCUCGCUGUCCGCCAACCAUCGACGAGGUGGAACAUGCAGCUGCCUUUGAAAUUGCUUGCAGUGUGCCGUCAACAGAGUGCAAUGACGAAAAGUUGACCAUAGAUGAAUUUUACAACACUCUACUUACACAUAGAAAUGUUAUAUCAUGUCAUUCAGUGUAUGCAGUGAAUAUGGAGCGGUUAGCCUGCAUGUUAAACCACCCUAGCUACUAGGUGUAUAAAAGGUAAUAUUUAAGUAAUUAUAAGAUUGUAUUUUAAA